AUGCAGCGCCUCGACAACUUCGAGGAGCGCGUGGAUGCGCUGCUGCGCCGCAUUGCCAAAGGUGCCGAGCGCCGGGACGAGCUCGUGGAGGAGGUCUCGCAGGCCGUGGCCGACACUGCAAGCCUCUCGGCGUGCGUGGAGGAGGUACGGGCGGUGUCGCGGCGCAUGCUGCUCUCCUUCGUGGACACGAGCGCCAGCCUGGCGCGCACCAUCGGCGUGAGUGCCUCGCUGGCAGAGCGGAGCUCGCGACGGGUGAAGCAGUUGGACGCGCUGCUGCGCCGGGUGCGGGAGGCGCAGGUGGUGGCGGACUCCCUGCAGGAGAUGCGUCGCACGGUGGCCGGGGUGACUGACACGAUCGACGCCGGCGAGCUGGAGCGCACCGUGGAGCUCAUCUGCAAGUACGAGGCGGCGAGCGCGAACCUCGGCGGCCGCGCCCCCUCCGCCCUGCUGCAGCACGACGAAGACGAGGAGGAGGGCGCGGACGCGGACGCGGGCGCGGAGAACGGCAGCGUCGGCGAGCCGGAGCAGGGCGGAGGAGGCAGGGGUGACGCAAACGUUUGGCAGGCGGCGGGGGCGGAGGCAGAGGCGGCGGAUGGCGCGGAAACCGUGCCGCAUCCUCCGCGCUCCGCUGCGGCCCAAUCGACGGGGAGCGCAGACGCCGGCGGCCGUCGUCGUCAGCGACAUCCCUGUCGUCGUCGUCGUCGUGAGGCGGCGGGCAUCAUUGCCUCGGCGCGCGAGGCGGCGCGGGAGAAGCUGCUAGAGAAGCUCCGUACCGCCUCGCGCGCGAACGACAAACUGACCAUCAUGCACGCCACGCGGCUGCUGACGCGGCUGGGCUUCCGCGAGGAGGGCUGCGGGCUCUACUGCGCGUGGCUCUGCGAGCACACCAUCGCCGCGCUCAAGAAGAUGGUGGAGCGGGAGCUGCGCAAGAUGGACGACCCGACCGAGGCCGGCAUGAGCCACCUUGGGCUGGUGUCCACCGUCCUCGACGUUGUCGUGGCCGCCUUCGAGAACGAGGAGGAGUUCAUGCGGGAGACGUUUGGCGACGCCGGGCUGCUGCGGCUGCUGACGGAGCUGCACAGCAAGUCCACCAGCCAGUGUGUGCCGGUGCUGAAGGACUUCCUGAAGAAGCGGCAGGAGGUGCUGAGCUCCGUCACAGCCGCCGGUGACAUGCACGCAAACAGCACCGGUGCGAGCCGCCUUCCCAGCGGCCCCCCCGCAAGCUCCGCGGCGCCGCUCCCCGUCGACCCGCGACGCACGGAUCAAAUAUUGGAGGAGAUGUCCCACCUCGUGUCGUGCUGCCACUUGUACUGGGCCUUUGCCCAGUCGAAGCAGCGAGAGUACACGCACGGGACGGCGGGGGACGCUGAGCGGCAACCCGAGCCACAGGGAGCUGCGACGGACUCCGUGGACGCCUUGUGGUCCUCGCGCGACAACCCGCUCAUGAACACGGUGCAGGAGAUACUGGGUGUUUUUGUCCCGCUGCAGAAGUUGUACUUUGACGCGGCCUUUGAGCAGGCCCUUCGGCUGCAGAUGGACGCGCUACACGUCGCGGCACGAGAGGCGACACUGCCGGGCCGCGGCAGAAGAGCUGAGGCGCACGGCAGUCCGUCGUCCCCAAAGAAGGCAGCCACGUUUAUGAGUGGGCUUGCGGCGCUGUACACCUCCACUGCGGCGGGCGGCGGUGGUGGUGGUGGAGCCGCUGCUGCUGCUGCCGCUGGCGACGAGGCGGAGGAAAAAAUGACGGACGCCGCCACGGACCACGUCGCGAUCACGCUGCCCGACGACGUGUUCUUCUUUCUUCGCAUCGCCCUGCACCGCGCGGUGAACACGAAGUCGACGCAAAUUAUCUCCGCCGUCUUUAUCGCCUGCAUCGAGCUGGUGCAGUCCAAGCUGGUGCCUGUGCUGCAGCUGAACACCGCGCUGCCGCCGCCGGCGCAGCUGCAGCAGUUGCGGCAGCGGCGCCCCGACCUCACGCUGCCGUCGCGGCUGCUGCGCUGGACCGCCGCCGCCCACCGCACCACGACGUACGCUCAGAGGCUUGCGGAGGAACUGCGGCAGUUGGCGCGCGCCAACUUCUCCGUGAAGGACCUUCUGCGCUUCACAGAGCAGGCGGAGGACAUGGACGUGCUCGCGCGCGAGCUCGCGGAGGCCGUGUCGCGGUGGGUCACGCAGUACGCAGAGGUUUGUUACCAGGCCCACCUCGCCUCGCACCUCGAGCGCUUCUCUGCCCUCUCCUACAACCUCACGGAGGAGGUGUUUUACCACUACGAGCUGAGCGAUCCGUGGGUGCAGGCCUGCGUCGCCGCGGCGGAUGCGGCGCUGUGCCCCUUCGACGCGGCCCUCGACACACACUGCUUUGACAUGCUCCUCCUCGCCCUGGUGCGGCGCGUGGUGCGGACGAUGUGGCAGGCGCUGCUGCAGAAGUCGUUCAGCGGGUACGGGGCACUGCAGGUGGACCGCGACGUGCGCACGCUACGCGCCUUUUUCCUCGGGCGCGCCCACGAGCUGCAGCUGCGGGAGCCGUUUCUGCCCCUCACCGGCGCCACCUCGCUGCUGCUGCUCGACAGCCCGAGGGACGCGGAGCAGGACGUCUGCGAGGGACUCACCGCGGAGGAAAAGCGGCGCGUGCUGGGCUGUCGGGUGGAGUUCAAGCGUGCCGAGAUCGACCGACUGCGGCUGUGA